UCAGAGCGCUCCCACAUGACAAAGCUACAGCGCGUCUGGAAACGAGGAACGGAGAGCGGGCGUUUUGGGAGAAACCGUAGACAAGAUCAUUUCUUCACCUGCAGCACGCCCGGCUUGUUUCGCUGUCAAACAACUACACUGUUUAGCUUCCUAGUUUCAGAGAUUACUGAGGCGGGCAGCUGUCUUUUCUUUUUCCCUCUUUCCAAGUGAACUUUAUAGGGAUGUUAUAUAUGAGAGCAUCAGCGUGCAGUUAGGGCCGAAGUAACUGUAGGACGGAUAUAAAGACUGAACAUCUUCUCGUACUACUUUUUUGUUCGGUUUGAUACACAAAAGAAAAAAAAGAGAGGGAGAGAGACGUGUGUGAGUGAGUGUGUGUGAGUGUGUGUGUGCAGGAGAGAGAGAAGUCGCACAGGUUUUUUUUGGAGCUACGUUUUCAUGCCGUCAGUCUUGCGGACUCUGAGAUGGACGUCAGAUUUUAUCCAGCUCCCCCUUCAAGCGUGGGUUCAUGUACGCUACCGACUGACUCCGGUUUGGACUAUUACCAUUCCAACAAGAGCAGAUACGGUGCUCCAGAUCGAGGUGUAAGGCUCUACAGUUCCCUGCCCAUGCGCCCAAACCCUGACGGCAAGAGACUGCCCUCUACUGGGUUUGAUGGUGACAACAUGUACAUGAACGAAAACAAUCACGAGUUCCUCGCGCCAAACCAGAGCUACACAGGUCAGACAGGUGGCAGUGGGGGAGGAGGAGGAGGUGGCGGCACCUCAAGUGGAAAUGGAGCCGGGGACGAAGACUAUGAGAUCCCACCUAUCACUCCACCUAACCACCCUGAACCUCCUCUUCUUCACCUGAUGGAGCACGAGUCUACAGGCUACCUCGGUCACUCGUUGCCACACAAUGGGCUCAUCAACCCGUAUUCCUACCCAGAGCUGCCCACACUUAUGAUGUCGAACAUGCUGGGACAGGACAGCCACCUCGUAUCCAGCCAAAUGCCCUCGAUGCAGGAGAUGGCUUUGCACCACCACCAACAGCAACACCAUCACCAGCAUCCUGAUGGCGCUCAUUAUGACCCUGCCCGUAACCACACCCUGAUAAACAACUCACCUCCGAUACUGCCCAACCCCAUGAGUGCACUAUCCCAGCUAAACCCACAGGUCAGCCGGAGUGCAGUGCCUCAUGGUUCCCCCUCACCUCCCGGAAGUAAAUCGGCCACACCCUCCCCUUCAAGCUCCAAUCAGGAAGAGGAGACUGAUCCUCAUUUGAAGAUGGUCUUCCAGAUCACGGGUGAGAAGCGACCAUCUUCGGAGAUGAUGAAGCCCAAGCCCAAACCCCAAAAAAAGAAGAAGAAGAAGGAUCCAAACGAGCCUACAAAGCCUGUGUCGGCCUACGCCUUGUUCUUCAGAGACACACAGGCAGCCAUUAAAGGACAGAAUCCCAAUGCCACUUUUGGAGACGUAUCCAAAAUAGUAGCCUCCAUGUGGGAUGGUCUGGGAGAGGAGCAAAAACAGAGCUACAAGAGGAAAACAGAGGCUGCUAAGAAGGAGUACCUGAAAGCCCUGGCCGCCUACAGAGCCAGUCUGGUUUCCAAGACAUAUAAUGACCCCGUGGAGACAAAAAGUGCCCAGACAAGUCAGGCUUCUCCACAUAUGAUGCCAGGCAACCCGCCGCUGUACAGUGUGCCACCUCCUCCCCAGCCGUCAUCGCCAUACCUGGGGCCUGGGGCCUUCCCACUUACUGACCUGCAGAGCUAUGCAGGACACGCCCCUCGCCACACUCUGUCGCAGACACUCAGCCAAUCGCAGAUGCUGCCCGGCAUUAGUGCCUCUCCCCCUUCCUCCUUCCAGAUCAGCCCACCACUUCACCCCCACCAGCAGCUCUCCCUGCACCAGAGCUCACUCCUCAACCAGCCUAUCCGCAUGCAGCAGGUCCAGUCCCAGUCAAUCAUCUCUCACCAGAUGGGGCUUCAGGCCUCUCUUCACUCCCCACCUCCAGGGCAGCAGGGUUUUUCCCACCUCCAGUCAGAGUACCAGAAGAGCAUUGGGGGUUCCCAGUCUCCAGGAGCUCCUGGCCCUGGUCCAGGCCCUGGAGUGGCUCAGACCCAUGAUUGGGACAAUGAAUACUGCAAUCGGGAGUGUGGCAACCACUGCAGUGGCAACAUGAUAGGCAGGGACAAGCCACUCUACCUCACCUGAAACUGAAGAUGAUACUCUGUCGACAAAAACGACACAGAGGAGUCUACUCUCAUCCCCUAUUCCACUCCCCCACUCCUCCCCCAACCCCUCCAUUCUUCUUCUUCUUCUGACGUGCACACUUACAUGCAGUGUACACUUGACAUACAAACACACACAUGCACAUGCAAACGCACACAUGCCGCUUCACACACACACACACACAAUCACACACGUCACCACCACCUUUUUUUGUCAGUGUAAUUUUUAUUUUUCUCAGUUUCUAGAACUUGUGAACAGAGUUUGAUGACUACUGUCUGUACCACUUAAUGUAUUAGCAGUCCUCUUGCUGUUGAAAUUUGCCAAGCACUUAUAAAGCCUCCCCCCACGCCCUACCCACCCACCCCUCUCCCACCUUCUGAGUUGUGUGUCUCUGCCCCCUCUCUGAUACAGGCCGGGCUGCAGAGCACUCCUCUCGUGUGUCACCAUAAAGUCCCCUCAGGGACCCCAUCCAGCUUUAAUUAGAACAAGAAGAAAGAAAAAUACUCUUCCUUUCCUUUAAUCGCUUUAUUUUCCAUUUGGUUUUUUCUUUUUUUUGUUGUUAUUGAUGCUGUUUUAUUUAUUUCUGGCUUGCAAAACCAUUCCUCUUUUUUUGCCAGUAAGCGAUGGGCCCUGUUCUAUAGAGAAAUAUUAACAUUUAGUAGGUUCUAGCAGGCCUUGAUGUUAUCGUAGCUUUGCUUAAGGGCCUGCAAAUUAAUACAAAAAGUCUGGGUGGGGAAGAGAAACAAAACAAAAAGAAUCUUUUUUAAUAUUAAAGACCUGUUGAGGUCUACUGAGCUGUCACAGUGUGAUUGUAAAUAUCACUUUUAUGGGAUCAAAUUGGGAAUUGGAAGUCCAGAUAGAUUUGUUUCUUCUUUAAUAUUACCUGUAAGUCAUUGUGUGUGUGUGUGGGUGUGUGUGGGUGUGUGUGUGUGCGUGUGGGUGGGUUUGUGGGCGCAUGCAUGCCUGGACGUUAGAAUGUACCACAUUCAUGACGUGUGCGGCUGAGUAUGUAUGUGCGUACAUGCACGGACACAUGUGUGCAGGAGUGUCUCAGCGUUCGAGCGUCGAGUCUUUCUCGUGAAUUUUAACAGCCUUGUGCAGCUGGAUUUCAGAGGAGUAUUUCACACUCUCAUUCUUGCAUUAAAUCUGUGCUCACUGGUGUGUUUUUUUCCAAUAAAGUUCAAUCUAAAACUGAAUACACAAUAUGUGUCCUGCAGAUCAUUAAAUGGAAAGAGCCAGGUGAGAGAUGGAGAGCAAAGAGAUAGAAAAAGAGAAAGAAGCGCUGUGAAAUAAAAUGAGAUGUAAUGUUGCAGGUGAAAAAAAAAUUGCCUCAAAAUGCCUGCCCCACCCUUCUGUUAUGUUGUCUGACCAUAAUGUCAGUUUUGUGUCCUUCUACAAUGAGAAGUGAAGUAAUGAAAUAUGUGAAUGGAGCCAUCACAGCCACAUUACGGUGACUUUUAUAACUUUCCAGUUGGUGUUUGGUUGUGUUGAUCUCAUCUUUUUUUAAACUUUUGUGUGAUUAACAGAAAUGCAUUUUGAUGACAAGACAUCUCGUUUUUAUCUCUUUAAGUGUAGCAUCAUUUCAGUUUUAGUUGCUGCAAAACUAUAACAUUUUAAGUUGUGUACAAAAAAAAAAAACCCUGCCAAUUGUAGUUAUUUUAUUUGUAAAGCCAGUAAUGAUAAAUAUUUUAAAUGGUUAUCAGCAUAUUGUUUUCUGCUAGUUGCCCAUCAGCCAUUUGACAGGUUCUUAUUUAUAAAAUAAAGUAGAUCACCUUUGCUUCUUAUGAUGGAGGUAUAUUUUUAUUCUUAUUUUAUUGUUUCUUUUCUUUGGUUUGAUAAACUUAAUGAUGAUGACCACAACAAUGAUUAUUUCUUUAUUUUUUACAUUUUGGGUGCUGCUCUUUUCUUUUCUUGCCAGCAGCAUCGGUUUGUGUCACAAUGCUUCUUUUAUUUCAAACCUGCAUAAUAAAGACUAAAAAGUUUAAAAGUGA